AUUUUUAGGAACAUAUAGAGACUUAUUAUCAAUGUUGGCAAACUUGAUUUUAGUUUCUGACUAUCUAAUGUUGUCGAAGAAACUCUUCUUCGUACGAAGCCAUUUUAUAGUGCACAUUUAGCAAUCAGAAAUAUAAAAAUGGAGAACGAUAACGGAGUAAUUGUUGACUUAUACAUCCCAAGAAAAUGCUCGUCGAGUAAUCGUAUUAUUCAUGCAAAGGAUCAUGCAUCUAUUCAAUUGAGUAUUGCUGAUGUUGAUCCUGAAACUGGACGCAUGACUGAUUCUCAAAAAAUGUAUGCAAUUUGUGGAGCUAUUCGUCGUAUGGGUGAAUCUGAUGACUGUUUAGUACGACUUGCAAAAAAUGAUGGUAUAUUACCAAAAAAUUUUUAAUCUAUGAUGAUUAUUUUAUUCUUUCAAUAAAAAUAUAAAAAAAGCUGA